CGCUGCUGCUCGCGGCACACACACCGCACUCGCACAGGACACGCAGCACCGCGUUACGGCUGUCAGGCGUUACGGGGACAGACAGCCAUGGACGUCGAUAUUUUUGGGGCACAGCGGUGUGCAGCUGUGCCGUGUGCGUGCGCGACCGCGUGCCCGAUAGGCGACGAGAUGUGACGCGAGACGGCCGCCCCGGCGACGAUUAUUCCGUUUCAACACGAAGAGAGGAGAGCGUGGCCAGAACGGGCAGAGAACGAGAGAGAAAGAGAGAGACAGAGGGAGAGGAAGAUAGAGGGAGAGAGAAAGAGAGAAGGAAAGAGAAAGAUAAAGGAAAGACGUACGUAUACACACACGGGCAAUACACGGUUGCGAUCGGUCCUGAAGCGGAUGCCUACGUACGAGAAGGUCCGUUCGUUGUGUCGGCUCCGUCAUACGUGUGUAACGCUCUUCCCGUAAGCUCGCCCGUUCAAUUGUACGUGUAAGCUUUAUUUAUCGACGAUCGUUGAUAACGAUGGAGCUCAACGGUGCGGGUACGCCCGUCGGGGCCGUGGCCUGUCCCGUGUGUACCCUGUAUUUGCGCGAGGGCAUCAGUCUGCAGAAGCAUCUGGAUACUCACCCCAAGGAACAGGUUAUAGAGGCUCUCAUUAAAGCCAGCGCCUCCACGUUACAGACCCAGCAGCACCAGCAGCAUCAACAAGCUCUACCAGCGUCAGCAGCAACGUCAUUACCAUUAUCGCUGCAGCCGCAGGCUGCGCUCCAGACCCCUACCUCCAUCCAGGCGCCCCAAGCGUCCACCCAAGUAUCGCAUAACGCGCACAUUUCCACUCACUCUCCGUAUCCCGUAGGACCCAUCUUCGAAUGUCCGCCCAUAAGCACCAUGAUGCCGCCGCAGUUCACCUCGUUCAGCUAUCAGCAAUUCGUGAACAAUGGGACCAUGAUGAUACCGCAGUACGCGAUGGCGCCGCAAGCCAAUCAGAUGAUGCAGAUGCUGUAUCCAUACGGUAUGUACCAACAGCAAAUACCCACCGUCCAAAUGAUCUCACCAGUUGCAGCUAUUCCCGGGGCGACGACGGCGACGAGGGUCCGACCGGUGGUCACCGUGGCCGGGGAGAGCAACGUCAGAACCCUGACGGUUCCUGUAAAUAGUCCCGAGCCGAAGCAGAUCCUACCGGAGAUACUGCCGGAUACGGAGCCCGACUCCGGGCAAGUUAUACCGGACGUGACCCUCUCGGCCUCGCCUGUGCUGCAAAAUGAGGAUACAUCCAUCAGAGCGAGGGAGGAGAGCGACGGCGGCGCGCUGCCGAUCGAUCACCGAGGACAGCAGACGCAGGGUUCUGCGUCUCCCGGUGAAAGCGCGGCGCAGCACGAAUACAAUGCUAUUCCUAGGUCUAUUACAAUUGCCUGCGCUAUAGAUGACACGGAUGACAAGGUGGAGAGUGUAUUGCCAGACAUGGUGGACGAGGAGGAGCCAUCGAACAACAUUUUGACCACGGACUUGCAGUGUAAAUCUGUGACGUACGAGCAAUCGGAAACGCAACAGUUUACGCAACAAGUCGUCGACGAGGGAUACGUGAGUGUAUCCGGCAGAAAAAUACCCAACGAGACGGUCGAUAUCGACUCCGUAGCUUCCGAGCGCGAAUCGGAAGUGAUGAGUGACGAAGGACCCGCGAGUCCCGGCAGCAACGUCAACAUUAACGUCGGAUCACCGCGGGAUUUGAUAGCGAUAGACGCGUUGAAGGACUCGGUCCAACCUGAGCUUAACUCGGUGGAAAAAUUGGAGAAUUUGAUAACCAUAAUGGAAACGGAGCUCAAUAACGCUUCGCUUCAGAAGGAAAGUGACACGCCGAACGAUCAGGAGAGACUGACGGACACGAAGGAGAAAACCGCUGCGGUGGAUAGGGAGGAGACUGUGAUUCACGACACGGUGGUCACGAUGCCGGGCUCCCACGAGAAGGAUCACAUAUUGCCCGACGUACGGGAGGAGAGCAAGUGGGACUCGAGCAAUUACAUACCCAACGAACUGAGAACGCUAGAGAAAACUUGUGACUCGUCGUACAGAGUAAACUGCAUGAAAAUAAAUGACGCGCUGGAAGGACUGGAGAGAACUUUUCGUUCGGAUAAUUAUAAGUAUAGUUUUUCAGCGCCCGCGUCCCCAGUCGCGAGGAAGAAGAGCCGCAGAGUCGUGCGCCGCUACAGCUCGCGAUCGGAGCAUGGGUCGUGCGAAAAUCUCAGCGUGUAUCGCUACCGUGCCGCUUUCGACGACGCCGUAACGAUGCACGAAGACGACGACGACGAAGACGACGACGACGACGACGAUGACGAGGACGACGAGGACGUGGACGAGCUCGAGAAGAUCGAGGAGGAUAACUUCGACGAGGCGGACAUGGAGAUCGACGAGAUUCCGAGUCCGCACACGCCUUUCGCGGACUGCGGCGUCAGAUCGCACACGCCGCUGUCCACGAUCAGCGGCAUUUCCGUGUUAAGAGUUAGGAAAGAUCUCAGCAAGCCGUGCUCACCCACGUCCAUGCAUUCGUUUCAUCACGUGGACAGCGAUAGCGUGACUCACGACGAGGACAGCAACGGCGUGGGUAACACCGCGGAGAAGGACCCAAUCGACUGUUCGCAGGUGGACGAGGAGAAAAUCAAGACUGAUCAUCAGCAUCAGGAGACGCAGGCGGUGGCGGUGUGCGGAAGUAUCGCCAAGGUUCAGGAGUCGAGCAGCAGUUACGCGUACCAUCAAUCAGUGAUAACCGAGCACAUCAGCUCGUUCCCCGUGAUACACUCGCAGUCGUCCGUCUUGAUGCACGAGUCGUAUUCCAUCACGACCAGCACCAAGACGCAAAACCUCCUGAAUCUCUCCGAAUCGAUAAAUCCCACAACCAGCACCGAAUCGAGAAGCUUUCACUCCGCCAAGUCGUUGACGCCGAAGCAAUCGAUGGAACUGCUCAACAUAAAUGAAGAUGCUCACGCCGGGCCAAUGAAUGUCUUUGAAUUCGACGGACUGCAAAUAUUAGUUCCUAGUUCGUUUAUAAGUGACUCGUCCCAGAAAGCGGUGAGUGCGACCAGCCAGCAAUCUAUGGCGAGUAGCGAGGGUGCAAUAGGUAUCGACGAGGAGGUGAAGAGUAUUAAUAUGCGUGCCGACGAGACCAUGCCGCCUAGGGGUGAA